GGUCCAUUUUGUAGUACCCUCACUUUCUCCGGUUCUUGUUCUUGUUCUCCCACACAAACAUCUCUACGAGAUCUGGCGCUGCGAAUGGGCGGAAUUCCCCUUGCUCUAGAGCAGCGAUUGAUAGUUCAUUUUUCUCUCUUCCGAAACCCUUGUUAAACAUAUUCUUCCCCUUCUCCCCUUCCUUAGAGCUCAUCUCGCUCGAACUCCGGUUUGCGACGGUUGACGGCUGCUAUUCACAUCACCAAACCAGCGUCCCGUUCUCAAACCAGAACAACCACUCUCCACAACCAAACCCCAUAAGCGCGCAGUUGGACGAACGAUACACGAGCUUGAUUGUCACUGCCCCAAUGGCAGCCAACGAAGCGUCUACCCCCAAUUUGGGCGGUACCUCUGCCCAACACAAGGCCGGGCGAGCCUCUCCGGCGCCCCAGUCGAAGCGCGACCGCAAGCGCCAGGCCCUUGCCGACAAGAUCGCCAACCUGCAGAAGAAGUUCAGCAAGGACCGCGAUCUCGGAUACCGUGAUCAGCUUCAGAAGGUUCAGAUCGACACCAAUCUCGUGCAGCGCAUCGACCCGUACGCCGACGAUGUUUUGAAUGUCAUCGCCAGCCUGCGUCAAGAACAUGAAGAGACACAGGGACAAGAUGCGCUGUCUGACAGCAACCGCACUCUGCUGCAGAUGGCCGGUCCCAAAUUCGAAGACUUCGUUCAAGGCAUCGAGGAUCUCAUUGAGUACAGGGAUUUCCACUUGCUCCAACACAUGCACGAGCACGAGCGCCGCCUCCAGCAAUACAAGAACGAAUACGUCUACAAGGUGGAGACGGCGAAGCGCGAGCACCAAGCUCUCUCUGCUACCCUUCGUGACCGUCUCGUUAAUACCCUGCUCUCGAGAAAAUACCGUCUGAACAAGGAAAAGGAGGCGCUGGAGAUAUCCGAUUCUUCGGCAUUGCUCCUUCACCCCAACCAGUUCAGCAUAACCAACCCAGCCAGCCCUGGAGGCACUCACGGGAAGCGUGCGACAAGGCUACGCAAAGAUGCCGAGGAGCUCGCCGGCUACGCGGACGGCAAGAAACGCAAGAGGAACCCGGGCGAAGACGAUGGCUCCCCCGUCCCCACUAGACGAGUGCUCGACCCUAACAGCACGACGCCUCUCUGGCAGAACGAGAAGCUCCGUGUUGCCGCAAAACAGAAUGGACCCGCCUACAGUAUUGAUAAGCUCUUCACUGAUAAGGAGCUCUCUCUGGCAUACAACCAAGCUGCUGUUGCUUCUCACAAAUAUGUCCUUAGACACAAGCCCUAUGCGAACGGGGGUUCUUCCCCCGGAAGCGAUUCCGGUCAAGGCGACGAGAACGGUGACCAGGAUAGCGAGCCUACUCUGUCGGCCCCGACCAUGGAACGCACAAGCUCUCACGCUACUAGAAGCACAAGGGCUGGUAUCAACCAGAGUCUGAUCGAUGCUGUCGAGGGCGCCAAUGGCCUCGAAUUACCCAAGUACCUUGAGAUCAUGCAGCCACAUGAGCCUGCCAAAUUACCGGCGGUCAAUGUGACGAACUACUUCAAGCCAGUCAGAGGGAACACCGACGGCAACCUGCCUCAACCGCUGUCGCACGAGGAGAUCAACUCUGACAUCAUGGUUAUGGACCUGUUCAAGAAGUAUGACGCGAACCACAAGCCCGGCGAUUCAAUCGAUCACCCCAACGGUAGCAGAAAGCUCUUGGAGGCUGCUAUCACACCGUACACCAACACUCCCUACACAGGAUUCAAGCCCGGCCCCCGGCCGGAUCCGACGAAACUUAGAGAGGAUCUGAUGCCGAUUGAGAGCAGCAUCAGAGACGAGGCUCCACCUUCGUCUCUCGCGGCUGUUGCUGCGGUUCCCAUGAGUCGCAACAGCAGCGCAGCAGGAGGCGCAGCCAUGAGUCGGCAGGGCAGCUCUCGCGGCAAGGGCCGCAAGAACUAGGGAUGACAUACGAGAAGUUGGAAGGUGUUUCGGCGUUUGGGAAAAUUGGGUGGCACUGGCCAUGUGCCUCUCCAUGUGUAUGUGGACAAAUUCGGGGAUAACAGCCUCUUUUCAUCGCGGCGGGUCGAGUUCCCGUGCCGAGCAAGCUUGCGUUUCUUAUUUUCUUUAGUAGCUUUCACGAUGGAGGAUUGUAUUACGUGGACAAUUCACCGAUCUCAUGACACACGCAUGCACACAGGGUGGCAUAUGGCGAAGGGGCUUGCUGUUACGGAGAGACAAGUUCUUGUCCGGAGGUAGAACAUCCCGCCCGCAUUGAUACCCUGAUGUUCAUAAUCAAACAUU